AUGGCGGUUAUUGGUGUUGAACGAGAUGAAAUUAGCAAAUUUCAAAUGGGCAGAUAUGUGAACUGCAAUGAAGCAAUCUGGAGAAUUUUUUCAUUUGCAAUUCAUGAACGCCAUCCUACUGUUGUGCAUCUGGCAGCUCAUUUGGAGAAUGGCCAGCGAGUUUAUUUCAACGCAGAGAACAUAGUACAGCGAACGGAAAUACCACCAGCAACCACUUUAACAAGUUUCUUUGCAACUUGCGCCAGUGAUCCGUUCGCGAGAACAUUGCUUUACUCGGAGAUGCCUCGGUAUUAUACAUGGAAUGCAUCGUCGAAGAAAUGGUUGCACAGGAAGAAGGGCCAUCCGGUAGAUGGUUAUCCAGGUGUUUUUUCAACUGAUGCAUUGGGAAGAAUUUACACAAUCCAUCCAAAGAACGAUGAUUGCUUUUACCUACGUUUGCUUUUGAUUAAUGUACGCGGUUCAACUUCAUUUGAAUCAUUGAGGACUGUAGAUGGUACCAUUUGUGCAACAUUUCGAGAAGCAUGUCAACAAUUGCAAUUGCUUGAACGCGACAGUCACUGGAAUCAAACGCUAGCGGAUGCAAUAGCUUCUUCACCAGCCACUGCAGUUCGUACACUUUUCGCUAUUAUAAUUUCGACAUGUCAGCCUUCAAGCCCGCGUCUAUUAUGGGAUACGUACAAAGAAGACAUGGCAGAAGAUAUUUUGCAUCGUCUGCGAUUAGCGACGAGAAAUGUCGACUUACAAAUGAACGCUGACAUCUACAAUGAGGCAUUAGUCUUUAUUGAAGAUUUAUGUUUGCUUAUGAGUGGAAAACUAUUGAUUGAAGUUCAUAUGCCGGCACCAAGUCGUCAAACAAGGGAUUUAGUGAGUCGCGAAUUGGAACGCGAGCGUGCUUACGCUAUAACUCACUUGCAACAACAAGUACAAACAAAUGUUCCACUGUUGAAUGAACAGCAAAGCAGUGCGUACAAUCAGCUAAUAAAUGAUGUAGAUAGUGGAAACGGUGGCAUAUUUUUCCUCGAUGCGCACGGCGGGACUGGCAAAACGUUAGGAACGUCUUUAAUACUAGCAGCAAUACGUGGUCAAGGUGGUAUUGCAUUAGCACUUGCAUCUACCGGGAUUGCUGCAACACUGUUAGAAGAUGGAAGAAUGGCACAUUCAGCAUUAAAGCUUCCAUUAAACUUGCAAAUACACGAAAGUCCUGUUUGCAAUAUUUCAAAGCAAUCAGCAAUGGCACAAGUUUUAAAAAAAUGUAAGUUAAUCAUAUGGGAUGAAUGCACAAUGGCCCACAAACGAUCAUUAGAAGCACUCGACCGAACACUGAGAGAUUUGCGCAACAAUAAUCGUUGCUUUGGAGGAGUGAUGAUAUUGCUGUCGGGCGACUUAAGACAAACACUUCUCGUGAUUCCAAAAUCAACAGCGGCGGAUGAGCUAAACGCAUGUCUGAAGUCAUCGCAUUUGUGGAGGUUUGUUAAAACCAUUUCAUUGACCAUGAAUAUGCGAGUUUUGCUGCAAAACGAUAGAACUGCGGAGGUUUUUUCAAAAGAGCUGCUGCGAAUCGGAAAUGGACAAGUUCCGAUAGAUCCUUGCAGUGGAUUAAUAUCGAUUCCAACUACGAUUUUCCAAUUCACAUCUAAUAAAUAUGAACUAAUCAGUGUAUAUCCAAAUAUUGCUCAAAAUUAUGGUAACUACGAUUGGUUAAGCACGCGCGCAAUUUUAGCAUCAAAAAAUAUGGAAGUCAACGACUUGAAUUGGACGAUUCAAAAUCAAAUUCCGGGAGAUCUGCGGUCAUAUAAAUCAAUCGAUCGCGUUGAAAAUGAAGACGAGGUAGUAAAUUACCCAGUGGAGUUCUUAAACUCCUUGAUGCCGCCCGGAAUGCCGCCUCAUAAUUUGCGUCUCAAAAUUGGGUCUGUAAUUAUUAUGCUACGAAAUCUUCAUGCUCCCAAACUGUGCAAUGGUACUCGACUGAUUGUGACCAAGCUAAUGGACAAUUUAAUAGUGGCAAUCAUUUUGAAAGGCCUGUUCAAGGGAGAGGAGUGCUUACUUCCACGAAUUCCAUUAACUUAA